GCAGGAGCAGGGAGCAGCCAGCCCCAGGGAUCUGGGAGAGCCAUGCCGGACUCCUUCGCCAUCCACUUCCUCAAGGUGCUGCGGGAGCUGCUGGCCUUCGUGCUGUUCAGCUACACGGUGCUGCUGGGGGCGCUGCUGCUGGCCGGCUGGACCACCUACUUCCUGGUGCUCAAGUGA